CAAGAAGCCAAAAUAAAGAUGGGCCGUGUCUUGCAGAAAAAAAAGAAUCGCUCUUCGUUACCGAAGAGCAAGCCCAAGAACAAGCGACUAAAAAAUGGCAACCGAAGGAUCAAUGUCCUGGGAAAUGCUAUUAUCUCCGAGAAUUGGGACAAGAAAGCGACUCUCACUCAGAACUACCGUAGACUGGGCCUGAUCCACCGCCUAAAUGCCCCGACCGGAGGUGUCCAAAAGCAUGCGACAGACGAUGAACACGUCGACUCCCUACACAUAAACGGCAGCGCCAGGGCCCUCACGAAACAGAGCCUGGGGGAAGUCAGGGUGGAACGCGAUCCAGAUACUGGCAAGAUUAUGCGCGUUGUGCGUGAGAAUGACGAUGAGAUCGAGGUGGCAGGUCGCAAGCACCGACGGGCGAAUCCUCUGAAUGACCCCUUGAACGACCUAUCCGACGAGGAGGACGAGCCAUCUGCGCCGAAUAAUGCCAAAUCCGGGUCGUCUGUUGUCCGGCAAUUGGAGCUCCAGCUGGCGAAGGAGGAAGAGCUCGUCAAGAAGAAGAAGCCGCGACACCAGAGCCAGAGAGAAGGAGAGUGGAUUUCAAGACUUGUUGAACGAUAUGGAGAGGAUUACAGAGCCAUGGCUGGAGAUAGGAAGUUGAAUCCCAUGCAGCAGACCGAAGGUGACUUGCGGAGACGCAUUCGAAAGUGGAAGCAGGAUCAUUCUUAA